ACAGAAUCUGGGAAUAAAAGGGACAACAUCUGGUGUAAUGACCGUAAGUUGAUACCUGUGGACAAUCUCCUAAGUUGUACCCUGAAAAGGCAGAAUGGAGAUGUCAAUGCCACCACCUCAGAUAUAUGUAGAAAAAACUCUGGCUAUUAUCAAACCGGAUAUUGUGGACAAAGAGGAGGAGAUACAAGAUAUCAUUCUCAGAUCUGGAUUCACCAUUGUUCAGAGAAGAAAACUGCAUCUCAGCCCUGAGCACUGUAGUAACUUUUAUGUGGAACAGUAUGGGAAGAUGUUUUUCCCCAAUUUAACAGCUUACAUGAGUUCUGGACCACUUGUUGUCAUGAUAUUAGCUAGACAUAAAGCCAUCUCUUACUGGAAAGAACUUUUGGGACCAAGUAAUACCUUAGUAGCUAAAGAGACUCACCCAGACAGUCUAAGGGCAAUUUAUGGCACAGAUGACCUAAGGAAUGCACUUCAUGGGAGCAAUGAUUUUGCUGCAGCAGAAAGAGAAAUUCGAUUCAUGUUUCCUGAAGUGAUUAUUGAACCCAUUCCAGUUGGACAAGCUGCUAAGGAUUAUUUAAAUUUAUAUAUAAUACCAACUCUGCUUGAAGGACUCACAGCACUUUGUAAGGAGAAACCAGCAGAUCCUUUUAUUUGGCUAGCUGAUUGGCUACUGAAAAAUAAUCCCAACAAGCCCAAGCUGUGUCACAAUCUGUCUGCAGAAGAACCUUGAAGUUCCUCAAAGAACAAAUCACUAUCUUACUGUGAAAGACAUGCUUCUACUUUAAAACAAAGCUUCCUAAGGGGUUUAA